AUGAAGGACGCAUCGUCAGAGAGCCCAGCCCAAAUCCCGCUGCUGGCUUCAAUAAACGCGGACUCUCAGGUGCAUUUAAUUGUUGGGGCUAAUCCUCUCGCUGCAGCCCGUUGCACCAAAAGUGUGCAAGCAGGCGCAAAACCAGUGGUCAUUUCGCCUGGCUCAGAGAGCCUGCAAUACACUUUAGCAGCACAUAUUGAAAAUGGGACCGCAAAAUGGAUUCAAAGGGAAUUUGAGGAAGGUGAUUUAACGACCCUAGGGCGGGAAGAGAUUGAUCAUGUCGUGGACAUGGUCUUUGUCACCCUUGGUGGGAGUCAUCCUCUGAGCUCUCAUAUCUCAAAACUAUGCCGGCGCCUCAGGAUUCCAGUGAAUGUAUCAGACGCUCCAGCUCUUUGCACCUUCAGCUUGCUGUCCACCUACUCCGAUGGCCCGCUCCAUGUCGGAAUUACGACUUCCGGCCGGGGCUGCAAGCUAGGCUCACGACUGAAGAGGGAAAUAUCAUCAGCACUUCCUCCCAACCUCGGGAGUGCCAUAGACAGGCUGGGGACAGUCAGAAAGCGUCUCUGGGAAGAAGACUUUGCUGCGGGCCUGUGCGAUGCGGCCUUUGAUGUUGAUGAGGACGACUCUACUGGACAAAGACACACUUUCAAUAAUUUAGUCACAAAUGACGACGUUAAUGCCGCAAAAACUCGCCGCAUGCGCUGGUUAUCCCAGAUCUGUGAAUAUUGGCCACUUCGCAGGCUAGCUGCCAUCAACGAUUCGGACAUCGAUGGCAUACUUCAAGAAUAUAGCUCAGGGAAUACGAAUAUUUCUGACACGAAUGGAACCCAGUUACCUGAGCGCAAGGGCAAAAUUAUUCUUGCUGGAUCAGGACCAGGACACCCAGAUUUACUCACUCGGGCAACAUAUAACGCCAUUCAGUGCUCAGACAUCAUCCUGGCCGAUAAACUUGUGCCGGCGCCGGUUUUAGAACUGAUCCCGCGGCGAACAGAGGUUCACAUUGCCCGAAAAUUUCCAGGAAAUGCUGACCAAGCUCAAGAGGAGUUUCUCCGCAUGGGCUUGGAUGCACUUCAAAAAGGUCACCAGGUACUACGUCUCAAACAAGGUGACCCGUAUCUUUAUGGGCGAGGAGGAGAAGAACUUGGAUUUUUCCGCGCCCAAGGCUUUACGCCUGUUGUAUUACCUGGCAUCACCAGUGCACUGAGCGCCCCACUGUUUGCAGAGAUCCCUGCAACCCACAGAGGAGUAUCUGACCAGGUCUUGGUAUGCACAGGUACUGGAAGGAAAGGUGCAGCACCAGAACCUCCAACUUAUGUGCCAACACAGACAGUAGUCUUUUUGAUGGCAUUGCAUCGACUUUCCGCCCUUAUAGACUCUCUAACAAAAUCAUUUGUGGAAGAAGACUGUCUUCCGCGCUCGCGAACACUCUGGCCAGUAGAAACACCUUGCGCCAUUAUCGAACGUGCUUCCUGCAGCGAUCAGCGAGUGAUUCGUUCUACGCUAGAGCAUGUCUGCCAAGCAUUCGAGGCUGAGGGAUCACGGCCACCUGGCUUACUUGUAGUUGGGGCGAGCUGCCACGUUCUUCACAAGCCGAGUGAUGGUCAGCAAUGGAUUGUUGAAGAUGGUUUCCGGGAUUUGGAUGAGUUGCGAGGCACGAUCGAAGGACCGAAGAUCAACGAAACGGCUUAA